AUGGAAGAAGAGGAACUAUCUCGUCGUUGGGAGAAUUUCUCACUAUCAAAAGAGGAAAAUACAGUAUUUGUGGUUUCUCCUGAUGAAGCUAUGAAGGAAUGCAUGCAUGGAAAACUAUGCAUAGUAGGAGGUGUCUUGACUGAGAAGGGAUUCAACACUGAAGCUUUCAGAAUGACAAUGUCUCAAAUAUGGAGACUUGAGGGAUGGGUGAAGUUCAAGGACUUGGGAGACUUCCGUUUCUUAAUAGAAUUCUGGUUUCUUGUAGAUAAGGAACGUGUCUUGGGUGGUCGUCCAUGGUUCUUCGACAGGAACCUAGUCUUCCUUCAAGAACUAGAAGAAUCUACCCCACUCAAUGCGGUGCAAUUUCAAUUUGAACCUUUCUGGGUCCAACUGCAUGGCCUGACUCUGGCUGUUAUGAAUGCAGACUUUGGGAGCAAGUUUGCUUCAUCGAUUGGUCAUGUGAUCCGUGUGGAAGCUGACUCGGAAGGAAGAGCAUGGGGCAAGUGCCUAAGGGUCCGUGUAGCAGUGGACUUGAACAAACCUCUGCUUCGAGGAAAAUGGUUGCAGCUUGAUAAUCAGAAGCACUGGGUUUACAUGAAGUAUGAGAGAUUAUAG